CGUCGCUGGCUGCAGAAACUCUGGAGAGUAAACUGAUGCGUAAACGUGUCGGCUGAACAUCACUUUGAAUACUUCAGUGAAAUUCAUUUCAUGUUUUCUCUCCGCUGUCAGGACUGAGCUCACCGCGAAGAACUGACCGGACCGCGAGGAACACAAAGAAGCAGACGUACUUCGACCGGGCUGAUCCUGAAGAUCACCAUGCUGCGUCGCACCUGUCUCCUCCUCUCACUUCUGUCUGUCCUGCUUCAUCCUAACACCUCAGCGGCUUACUCGCUGAAAAACUGCACUGUCGAAUACUCCGAGCAUGCUUCAGGUGAUGUUAUCUCGUGCACUGAUCGUAAACUCGCUGCCGUUCCUGACGACAUUCCUAAAAAUGCGAUAUCUCUAGACCUCGCCACCAAUCAAAUUCACAAGGUCAACAAAACAGAUCUGAGCGGUUUAUCGAAACUUGUCAACCUAAACAUGAAAUUAAAUUCAGUAUCACUCAUUGAUGACGGAGCUUUUGCAGACUUGGCGGAGUUAACAGACCUUAAUAUAGAUAAUAAUCGGCUCACAAACCUGACUGACAACAUGUUUCAGGGACUGUCCAAAUUAACGCGUCUGUCUCUCAACAAAAACCAAAUCACAUCCGUCUCCCCGCUGGCCUUUCAGCCCCUCGUCAGCUUACAGAAAGUAGAACUGCGUUUAAACAACUUAAAUCAAAUUACUGAUAUUGUGCCUAUUUUACAGCUGCCAUACCUGGAUGAACUGAACGCAGGACAAAACAUGUUCACGUCUUUUGACUCAGACGACCUGCCUUUCAACAAAUCAAACCUCAAGACUCUUAUAUUUGACUUAAAUGACCUUAGGAAGUUCAGCAUUACAAGAGAUGUCUUUCCUCAUCUUCACUAUAUCGAUUUGUCAAACUGCAGCCCCGGCUUUGAGUGGGACGUACCCGACCGGAGCUUUCCAAAGAACCUGACCACUAUGAUUUUAAGUGGACCUGAAAUAAGUUUUGAAACGUACAGAAUAAUGUUUCGGAGUGCAGAGUCUGUGGAGUGGCUCUGGCUGAGCCACAUCACAAAACUGCUUGAUAGAGGUUUGAUUGACGUUGCCUGCCAGAUUCCUGCUUUAACAUAUCUUGAUUUGACUUUUAACAAUAUUAACAUUUUAAACGACACGCUGCUUCAUGCUUGCUCCAAACUCAAGAAGCUGUCUUUAGUUAAUACUGUCAUGAGCGACAUGUCUGAGAAUUCACUCAGAUCUCUGAAUCAGCUCGUGGAACUGAAAUUACACUACAACUUCCUCACUAGAGUGCCUUUUGCCAUCAGGGGCCUCUCCAGACUUGUAGUCCUGUAUCUGAACUCGAAUGAUAUCGGAGAAUUAGGUUGUUCUGACUUUCUGAAUUUGACGAGCUUAAUAGAACUUUUUCUUAAUAAAAAUCGUAUUUCAACCCUCAGAGGAUGCGUUUUCCAAGACUUGAAGAAUUUAGGGGCACUCUUUGUUCAGGGAAACCCGAUUAUUCAUGUGUAUGAUGCCUUCGUAAGUUUGCAGAACCUCUGCGUUUUGAACAUGAACAGGCAUGAAUUCAGGGUGGUAAGUAAAAGAGACUUUGGGACUCUGCCUUCCCUCCGGGUUUUGAAAUUUGAGUCAGUGUCAGAUUGCCAAGUAAAUAGUGGGGCUUUUGAGGGACUUAAUCAUCUCCAAAGCCUUGACUUGUCAACUAACUCACUCAAAAAGGACAUGUUCAGAGGACUGCCGCUCUUAAAAAGCCUCGCACUAUUACUCCCAAAUUCUGAGAAGAGCUUGAGUCAUCAGGCCAAUGAGGAGCCACCUUUCUUAGAUGUGCCCUCUUUGAGGACGCUUAUAAUCGAAAACAACAAUAAAUGGGCCAUGACUGUCUCACCUGACCUGCUCAGGGGUCUGACGUAUUUGGACAUCUUUUCAUCAGAGAGAUUCUUCAGCGAGACACCACACCUCGACAUUACAUACACUCCUCGCCUGACAAGUCUUGUUAUACUGAGCAGCAAUAUCUCAGAUCUUAAACCCGAGUUGUUUCAGCCAAUCCCAAACCUGAGGUUUCUCGACCUUUCCAAAAACAAGCUCAGAUCUUUGGAUUUUCUAGCCCAAGGGAACCUCUCUGCGCUCACAUGGUUGAGAUUGAGAGACAAUGACUUGACAGUAAUCAAUGCGACGGUCUUCCAGUCUCUUCCUGCACUAACAUACCUGGACCUGGCCGGUAACCCUUUCACCUGUGACUGCUCUAACACCGGCUUUAUCCAGUGGGUGAAGAACAACAGCCAAACACAGGUUGUUAACGCCUACCAGUACGACUGCUUCUUUCCUCCGAGUAAACAGGGAAGCAAGUUGCUGGACUUUGACGUCCAGUCCUGCUGGAUGGACGUUAGCUUCCUCUGCUUCAUUUCUAGCUUUUGUCUGACUCUGCUGACUCUCCUCACCUCCUUCAUCUACCACUUUCUGAGGUGGCAUCUCGCCUACGCCUACCACCUCUUCCUGGCCUUCCUCUAUGACAGCAGGAAGAGGAAGAAAGGAGCUCCUCACCUGUACGACGCCUUCAUCUCCUACAACGUUCACGACGAGGCCUGGGUCUGCAGAGAGAUGCUUCCGGUGCUGGAGGACGAGCAGGGCUGGAGACUCUGUCUGCACCACCGCGACUUCCAACCAGGUAAACCCAUCAUAGAGAACAUCACAGACGCCAUCUAUGGCAGCAGGAAGACCAUCUGUGUGAUCACACGCCGCUACCUGCAGAGCGAGUGGUGCUCCAGAGAGAUCCAGAUGGCCAGUUUCCGUCUGUUUGACGAGCAGAAGGACGUGUUGAUCCUGCUGUUCCUGGAGGACAUCCCGGCCCACCAGCUGUCUCUAGUAGUACGGAGACAGCUGGUGAAGAGACGCACCUACCUGAGCUGGUCGCAGGCCGGUGGACACCCGGGAGUCUUCUGGCAGAACGUACGGAGAGCUCUGGAGACGGGGGACGAUCUCACCGAGACCGCCAACCUGCUGACUCCCAGACUGGCUCCAGACUGCACAACAUAAAGUGUUCCUCGUUGCAUAAUUUACGCAACAUAAAGACAAAAUCAGAGUGACGUCGCACAACCGGCACAAAAGUCACUUCUGCUGGUUGUAGUCGUGGCAUGGGAAGCUGUGUACGCGACACGCUUGGCGUUUAAGUGGUUAAGUCGUGAGAGUGCUGCAGCUUGUCGGGGCUUGUUGUGAAGAAAAAAUGCGGAAAAAAAGUUCUCUCUUUAAUUUCCAAAAAACAUGAUAGUGAGUGCAGACGUGCAGAAAAAAUCCCGCUCUUACAAAACACGUUAACCUUCAGCACGCAGGAUGUUCCGGGAAAACACAGGACGUCAUCAUCAGGAUUCACUGCCAAACCAUCGGCGUCUUCCAAAGAGGACCAUUUCUGAAGUUUCCUUGUUUUUGUGAUCGACCAACAUUUCUCAGAAUAUAGAAGAAAACAACGAACGCUCAGAUGCCCCGUUCGGCACGCCAUCUUCUUAUACCAAAAAUGUGAUCAUCAGGGCGCAAAGGUUAAUCAAAGCACAUCAUAACAACGUCAGCAUGGACGCUACCGUCCAGCCCGUUAUCACUCCGCACUCGUCAAAUACGUCCGCUCUGUCAGUGCUUUCUGCGUACGAGCGUGCUGCCGAAGGCCACCUGGAGUUAGGCUGGAUGUUGGUGUCAGAUGAGAAAGCACCCGCACAGAACAGGCGGCGUUGUCAUUAUACGCCGGCGGACGGACGAACGACACCUGGUGCGUCCACAUGCGACGCACUUGAGCGGCGUCACUUGAGGACGCAGCCGGACAGAACCAAUCGCAUCGCCAUGAAACGCAGAACUAUCAAAUCUAGGUACAUGGAGGAAGAGUUCACUUUAAAACCAUAAAACAUUUGACAAAAAAUAUAUGUUUAAUAUGUGAACUAAUUAAACUGUUGUUUCUUACCGUUGACCGAACAUUGACUUUUGCCGCCAUGUUUAUACAUUUAUGACGUCAAGUCAG